UGACUGGGAGUUCUCAGACCUCCAGUUUCAGUCCUGCCCUCAGCCUCCAGUCGGUGAGAGACACCCAGCCCCAGCAAUUGGAUUGGGCAGCCCGUCUUGACACACCACCGUGCUGAGUGCUUGAGGACGUGUUUCACCAGAUGGUUGGGGUUAGUGUGUGUCAUCACAUUCGAGUGGGGAUUAGGAGCAGGGAGGCUGUCUUGCUGGAGCUGUGUGGUCUUCUCCAAGUGAGAGUUGCGGGCAAGAGAGCUACUUUGCCUUUGGAAGCAGAGGAGGAAUUCAUUUGCUGCAGCCACAAGAAAGGCAGUUUUUUCAGACUUGCCCUCCUACGUUCAUGUCCGUAUACCUGUGGUGCUCAAGAGUUCUUGUGUCUACCGGACCCUCACAUUUGGUAGAGAAACCCAACACUGUCCUUACCCUCCGCAGGUGCUGACUUCCACCCACCACUGUCUGAAGAAGGCGAACUUGGCAGAUGACGUGAAGGUUCUCCAGGACAGAGUAACUGCAGAACAUCUUCAAAGGACCCCAUCUGCAGAUGGUCUGGAUACCUCUGAGCAUAGGAAUUGAUUCUUCAACCAGGAUACCUACUUCAAGACCUGCAGAAACCAGGAGGCUGAGACGUUUUGUCAGUUUUGCGACGUUGGACCAAACACAAUGAAGUAUUCUUGCUGUGCCCUGAUUUUGGCGGUCCUGGGCACAGAACUGCUGGGGACCCUCUGUUCGACUGUCAGAUCCCAGAGGUUCAGAGGACGGAUACAGCAGGAACGAAAAAACAUCCGACCCAACAUUAUUCUUGUGCUCACCGAUGACCAAGAUGUGGAGCUGGGGUCCCUGCAAGUCAUGAACAAAACAAGAAAGAUUAUGGAGCAUGGGGGGGCCACCUUCACCAACGCUUUUGUGACUACCCCCAUGUGCUGCCCCUCCCGGUCCUCCAUGCUCACCGGAAAGUAUGUGCACAACCACAAUGUCUACACCAACAAUGAGAACUGCUCUUCGCCAUCCUGGCAGGCGAUGCAUGAACCUCGGACUUUUGCUGUGUAUCUUAACAACACUGGCUACAGAACAGCCUUUUUUGGAAAAUACCUCAAUGAAUAUAAUGGCAGCUACAUCCCUCCUGGGUGGCGAGAAUGGCUUGGAUUAAUCAAGAAUUCUCGUUUCUAUAAUUACACUGUUUGUCGCAAUGGCAUCAAAGAAAAGCAUGGAUUUGAUUAUGCAAAGGACUACUUCACAGACUUAAUCACUAACGAGAGCAUUAAUUACUUCAAAAUGUCUAAGAGAAUGUAUCCCCAUAGGCCCAUUAUGAUGGUGAUCAGCCACGCUGCGCCCCACGGCCCCGAGGACUCGGCCCCACAGUUUUCAAAACUGUACCCCAACGCUUCCCAACACAUAACCCCUAGUUACAACUAUGCACCAAAUAUGGAUAAGCACUGGAUUAUGCAGUACACGGGGCCCAUGCUGCCCAUCCACAUGGAAUUUACGAACGUUCUACAUCGCAAAAGGCUUCAGACUUUGAUGUCCGUAGAUGAUUCUGUGGAAAGGUUGUAUAAUAUGCUUGUGGAAACGGGGGAGCUGGAGAACACUUACAUCAUUUACACGGCUGACCACGGUUACCAUAUUGGGCAGUUUGGACUGGUCAAGGGGAAGUCCAUGCCAUAUGACUUUGAUAUCCGUGUGCCUUUCUUUAUUCGCGGUCCGAGCGUAGAGCCAGGAUCAAUAGUCCCACAGAUCGUUCUCAACAUCGACCUGGCCCCUACGAUCCUGGACAUCGCUGGGCUCGACACACCUCCCGAUGUGGAUGGCAAGUCCGUCCUUAAACUUCUGGACCCGGAAAAGCCAGGUAACAGGUUUCGAACAAACAAGAAAGCCAGAAUUUGGCGUGAUACAUUCCUCGUGGAAAGAGGGAAAUUUCUACGUAAGAAAGAAGAAUCCAGCAAGAAUAUCCAACAGUCAAAUCACUUGCCCAAAUAUGAGAGGGUCAAGGAAUUGUGCCAGCAGGCCAGGUACCAGACAGCCUGUGAACAGCCUGGGCAGAAGUGGCAGUGCAUUGAGGACACAUCUGGCAAGCUCCGAAUUCACAAGUGUAAAGGAUCCAGUGACCUGCUCACCGUGCGGCAGAGCAUGCGGAACCUCUAUUCUCGCGGCUUCCACGACAAGGAAUGCAGCUGCGGAGAGCCUGGCUAUCGCACCGGCAGAAGCCAGAGGAAGAGCCAAAGGCAGUUCCUGAGAAACCAGGGGACUCCCAAGUACAAGCCCAGAUUUGUCCACACUCGGCAAACACGUUCUUUGUCCGUCGAAUUUGAAGGCGAAAUAUAUGACAUAAACCUGGAAGAAGAAGAGCUGCAAGUGCUGAGACCAAGAAACAUCGCCAAGCGCCAUGAUGAAGGCCCCCGGGGGCCUGGAGGCCACCAGGCUGCGGGCGACGGGGACACGAUGCUGGCAGACAGAGGCAAUGCCCUGGGCUUGCCCACCACCGUCCGAGUGACCCACAAGUGCUUUAUUCUUCCGAAUGAUACAAUCCAUUGUGAGAGAGAACUGUAUCAAUCAGCCAGAGCCUGGAAGGACCACAAGGCAUACAUUGAUAAAGAGAUUGAAGCUUUGCAAGAUAAAAUUAAGAAUUUGAGAGAAGUGAGGGGGCACCUAAAGAGGAGAAAACCCGAGGAAUGUGCCUGUAGUAAACAGAGCUAUUAUAAUAAAGAGAAAGGUGUGAAAAAGCAAGAGAAGGUGAAGAGUCAUCUCCACCCAUUUAAGGAAGCUGCUCAGGAGGUAGACAGCAAACUGCAGCUUUUCAAGGAGAACCGUAGGAGGAAGAAGGAGAGGAAGGAGAAGAAAAGGCAGAGGAAGGGGGAGGAAUGCAGCCUCCCGGGCCUCACCUGCUUCACGCAUGACAACAACCACUGGCAGACGGCCCCGUUCUGGAACCUGGGAUCCUUCUGCGCCUGCACGAGCUCUAACAAUAAUACCUACUGGUGUUUGCGUACAGUUAAUGAGACGCAUAAUUUUCUUUUCUGUGAGUUCGCCACUGGCUUUUUGGAGUAUUUUGAUAUGAAUACAGAUCCUUAUCAGCUCACAAACACAGUGCACACAGUGGAACGGGGCAUUUUGAACCAGCUACAUGUACAACUCAUGGAGCUCAGAAGCUGCCAAGGGUAUAAGCAGUGCAAUCCAAGACCUAAGGGCCUUGAAGUCGGAAAUAAAGAUGGAGGAAGCUAUGACCUACACAGCACACGUAGGACAGAGCAGAAGAACCCACCCUUAAGCUGGUCUCACCAGGGCUAUGGGCUGACGAGAGGACAGUUAUGGGAUGGAUGGGAAGGCUAACCAGCCCAGCCUCGCUGCAGACGUCAACUGGCAAGGCCUGGAAGAUUUAUACAGUGUGAAUGAAAGCAUCUAUGAGUACAGACAAAACUAUAGACUUAGUCUGGUUGACUGGAC